UUCAGCUCCUCCGGCGAGACCUGGAUUUGGAAAGUAUGGGCGGAAAGUGAUGACAUGUCUACUAGGGUAUUCUUCGAACCUAUCCGUGUCUCGGAAUAUGUUGAAAAGCAUAUCAACAAAGACUUGACUAGGGGUUUAUCUCACCAAGAUCGUAUUAAGGUCAAAAAAGCUUUGAAUGGUGUAUAUGUGGAGACCCAACAUGAAGGUAUAAUAAGACGCCAUAAGAUUUCAGGCAUCACCACCAUGUCCAUCCAACACUUAAUGUUUUCCUUGGAUGGAACAAAAGCUCAAAUAUCUGUUGCAAAAUAUUUCAUUAAUAAGUACAAUAUUUUUCUACAAUAUCCAUCUUUGCCAGCACUUCAGGCAGGCAGUGAUACAAAACUCAUUUAUCUUCCAAUGAAGCUUUGUAAGAUUGCUGAGGGGCAGAGAUUCUCUAGAAAAUUGAAUAUAAGUCAAGUUACUGCACUGUUAAAGGCGACAUGCCAACGACCCAGGGUUAGAGAGAUUUCAAUCAUGCAGGAAUUUAAUCGAAGACCUCUAGUUCCUGUUCGCAAUGCACAUGUCCCAAUCGAGAAGGCCUUGAUUGAUCUCGAGACCGAGUUUUCCAAGACUGGAAAGCAACUCCAGUUGCUCAUUGUCAUUUUACCUGAAAUGACUGGAUCAUAUGGGACGAUAAAACGAGUUUGUGAAACGGAGUUAGGUAUUGUCUCACAGUGCUGUCUACCAAAGAAUGUAUCGAAACCCGGGAAACAAUAUAUGCAAUACUUGGAGAAUGUCUCCCUUAAAAUAAAUGCUAAGGCUGGAGGUCGAAACAGUGUGUUGGAGAUGGCCGUGAAGGGAAAGUUUCCUUAUCUAAGUGAUCGACCCACUAUUAUAUUCGGAGCAGAUGUUACUCAUCCUCAACCAGGAGAGGAUUCGAGUCCCUCUAUAGCUGCGGUUGUUGCUUCAACUGACUGGCCCGAAGUAACGAAGUAUAGAGCACUCGUUUCUACACAGGCUCACAGGGAAGAAAUCAUUCAGGAUCUGUACAGU